GUUUGUUCAAUAUUAACCCAGAGAGUCAGGACGAUCCCUCAGAGUCUCAGGAGCUGACGCACUAUGGCGCACGUCCGAGGCCUGUGGCUUCCUGGCUUCCUGGCUCUGACUGCCCUGUUUGGCCUUGUGCACAGCCAGCAUGUGUUCCUGGCCCCCCAGCAAGCACUGUCGCUGCUCCAGAGGGUCCGCCGGGCCAACAGCGGCUUCCUGGAGGAGCUGCGUGAGGGCAACCUGGAGCGGGAGUGCGUGGAGGAGCAGUGCAGCUACGAGGAGGCCUUCGAGGCCCUGGAGUCGCCCCAAGCCAUGGACGUGUUUUGGGCCAAGUACACAGCUUGUGAGUCGGUGAGGAAACCUCGAGAAAAGCUCGUUGCAUGUCUGGAAGGGAACUGUGCCGAGGGUCUGGGUAUGAACUACCAAGGGCAGGUGAACAUCACCCGGUCAGGCAUCGAGUGCCAGCUCUGGAGGAGUCGCUACCCACACAAGCCUGAAAUCAACUCCACCACCCACCCUGGGGCCGACCUGCAGGAGAACUUCUGCCGCAACCCAGACGGCAGCACCACGGGACCCUGGUGCUACACCACAGACCCCACCGUGCGGAGACAGGAAUGCAGCAUCCGUGUCUGCGGCCAGGACCGUGUCACCGUGGAGAUGACUCCACCCUCCAGAGAUCCCGGGGUGAAUCUGUCCCCUCCAGUGGAGCAGUGUGUCCCCGAGCGGGGCCGGCAGUACCAGGGGCGCCUGGCGGUGACCACACAGGGGUCCCCCUGCCUGGCCUGGUCCAGCAUGAAGGCCAAGUCCCUGAGCAAGGACCAGGACUUCAGCCCGGACGUGCAGUUGGUGGAGAACUUCUGCCGGAACCCGGAUGGGGAUGAAGAGGGCGCGUGGUGCUACGUGGCCGGGGAACCUGGUGACUUUGAGUACUGUGACCUCAACUACUGCGACGAUGCUGUGGACGAGGAACCGGGAGAGGGGCUAGGUGAGGACCCGGAUGGGGCCAUUGAAGGGCGCAGCACCACCACGGGGUACCAGACCUUCUUCGAUGCGAAGACCUUCGGUGCUGGGGAGGCAGACUGUGGGCUGCGGCCUCUGUUCGAGAAGAAUUCGGCGGAGGACAAAACGGAGAAGGAGCUUCUGGAUUCCUACAUUGCCGGGCGCAUCGUCGAGGGCUGGGACGCGGAGAUGGGCAUCGCGCCUUGGCAGGUGAUGCUUUUCAGGAAGAAUCCCCAGGAACUGCUGUGCGGGGCCAGCCUCAUCAGCGACCGCUGGGUCCUCACCGCCGCCCACUGCCUCCUGUACCCGCCCUGGGACAAGAACUUCACCGAGAAUGACCUUCUGGUGCGCAUUGGCAAGCACUCCCGCACGAGGUACGAGAGAAACAUUGAAAAGAUCUCCAUGUUGGAAAAGAUUUACAUCCACCCCAGAUACAACUGGCGGGAGAAUCUGGACCGGGACAUCGCCCUGCUGAAGCUCAAGAAGGCCGUUACCUUCAGCAACUACAUUCACCCCGUGUGCCUGCCCGACAGGGCGACGGCAGCCAGCUUGCUCCAGUCUGGACACAAAGGGCGGGUGACGGGCUGGGGCAAUCUGAAGGACACGUGGACCUCAAGCGUCAGCGAGGUGCUGCCCAGCGUCCUGCAGGUGGUGAACCUGCCCAUCGUGGAGCGGUCGGUCUGCAAGGCCUCCACCCGGAUCCGCAUCACCGACAACAUGUUCUGUGCUGGUUUCAAGCCUAGUGAAGACAGACGAGGGGAUGCCUGUGAAGGUGACAGUGGGGGACCCUUUGUCAUGAAGAGCCCCUUUAACAACCGCUGGUAUCAAAUGGGCAUUGUCUCAUGGGGAGAAGGCUGUGACCGGGAUGGGAAAUAUGGCUUCUAUACACAUGUGUUCCGCCUGAAGAAGUGGAUACAGAAGGUCAUUGAUCGGUUCGGCGGUUAGAAGGCCACCCGCAUUCCAGGCUCCUUGCUGCAGAAUCACAGGACCCAAUGAGUGAAAGAAAUAUUUUUGUGGUUUGUUUCUAAAACUAUAGUUCCCAAUAAAAGUGACUUUGUCAACAAGCCUC